GUCUCCAACGCCCACGUGAGCCCUAUUGAUGUCGUGCGUCUCCCGCUUCCCCCACCCGCGGCCCUUUUUACGUCUAGAUAAACGCCGAUCCUCUUUUCCGCUUCCGGCGCGCGCGGGGCGCUCCCUGGUGGCUGUUUAGCGUUUUCCCGCCUUUUCUUCCUCUUCCUUUCUCGUCGUCGUCUAUACGGCGGGUGGAAGAAACUGACUGCGUCAGUAAGAAUGGACAAAGAGACAGCUACGUCUAGCUCUGGCCUACCUAGCGACGACGUGGGCGGCGAAGAAGGGGAAAGGAGCGCGGAGGAGCCUGUGGUGUCGCUCGCCGAGGUGCUGGCCGAGAACGAAGAGCUCGAGAAGGAGGCGCGCGCCGUGCUGGGCGGCAGCGACCACGAGCGCUGCAGUUACUCUCAGGGAGCUGUAAAGAGGCAAGCCUUGUAUGCCUGCAGUACAUGUACACCUCCAGGAGAAGAGCCAGCAGGGAUCUGUUUAGCAUGUAGUUAUGAAUGUCAUGGCACCCACAAGUUGUUUGAGCUGUAUACAAAAAGAAACUUUCGUUGUGAUUGUGGAAACAGCAAAUUCAAAAAUUUGCAAUGCAAAUUACUUCCAGAAAAGGCAAUGAUGAAUCCAGCAAAUAAAUAUAAUGACAACUUCUAUGGAUUAUAUUGUGUUUGUAAAAGGCCUUACCCAGAUCCUGAUGAUGAGAUUCCAGAUGAAAUGAUCCAGUGCAUAGUUUGUGAAGACUGGUUUCAUGGAAGGCAUCUUGGUGCAAUCCCUCCAGAUAGUGGGGACUUUCAUGAAAUGGUGUGUCAGGCUUGCAUGGAUCGUUGCCCUUUCCUGUGGGCAUAUGCCUCACAUUUAGCAGUUCCCACUGUGACCAAAGUUACAUCUACAGCUGAAGAUGGAGUUGUGCUGAACGUUGAAGAAACUGAAGAAACAAAAAAAGAAAAUGGGAUCGAUAAUCAAACAAAGAUUGAAGAAGAGAAAACGACACAAAAUAAUGAGCCAUCCACCAGCUCUGGCUCUGAAUGUUCUGAGCAAACAGUUAAGAAUGGAGCAGCUACCUGCAAGCUGCAAGAACUUAAAGGCAAGCAAUACUUACAGAAGAAUAUAGCCACCUUUUGGCCACACAACUGGCGGAGCAAACUGUGCACCUGCCUAGAAUGCAUGCAAAUGUAUUCUGAACUGGAAGUCCCAUUCCUAACAGAUGAAUGUGAUACAGUAUUGGCUUAUGAGAAUAAAGGGACAAGUGACCAGGAAGCAGACAGAAGAGAUCCUCUAAUGGACACACUCAGCAGCAUGAAUAGAGUCCAGCAGGUAGAGCUCAUCUGUGAAUACAAUGACUUGAAAACAGAACUGACAGACUAUUUGAGAAGAUUUGCAGAUGAAGGGACAGUUGUUAAAAGAGAGGACAUUCAAGAGUUCUUUGAAGAAUUUCAGUCUCGAAAGAGGAGGAGGACAGACCGGAUGCAGUACUACUGUAGCUAGACUGGCCUGAAAUCAAAGGACAAGUUUUUUUUUGUCAUCUCUGCUAACUUUAUUCUCCCCCCCCCCCGCUUUAAUCCAACUACUUGUUCAUUUUGGCUUUUGUCUUUCAAGACAAUGCUUAAUGCUUUGGAGCUUAAACAUGCGGUCUAACUUUAUGGCAGCCGUGCGGCAAAAAACAUGAUCAUGGUUUCAUGAACUGUUACUUGUGUUGAAAGAAUUGGGGAGGGAGGUAGUGCUGAAAGGUAUACACUUAGAAAGGGAUUAACCCCCCUCCUAAAAUGGUGUAGAUGAUGAAGAAUUCAUCAGGUGGUUAAAUACCUAGAUCAAUGUACUUUGCAGAUCAGUGUUUAGAAUCAACGUACCCCUUUUUCAUAAAGAUCUUAGUUUUUAGUACAAGAGUUCAUACCUGUUCAGUUUAAGUGCAUCUCCUUAUUAAUUUCUGGAACAAUCAUGCUCUCUUGGUUGUUUAUUUGUAUUUACAGGCUGUUUGUCCUGUAUUCGCUCUUUUACAGGAUCAGAAUGUGGAUGAUUGAACCUGUUACUGAAAGAAGUACAACUUCUAGCUAAAUUUAGAAAUGAGUGGACUAUCCCACAAGACAAACAUGCAUAUUCUAGACAAUAGUUCCUUGAUGACCCCUAUUGUAUAGCAGCUUUUAACAGUGAAAUUACUGCAAAUAUGUUAAUUUCCUGCCCACCCUCCAGAAUGUAUAUAAAUUGCUCUCUGCAAGGUGGUUAUAACUUUAAUGUUUAGACUGCAAGGAAUCUGUUCUGGAAGCUUAUAUAAUGUAAUUGUUCUAGUUUGUAUAUGUUUAAGAGGGAUAGCCUAUAAAGGUAUUUACCAAACUGUAAAAAUAAUGAGGUUGUAAUCUUUUUGUAAUAAUUUUAGAUAAUAAAACCAAGGCAAGAAUAUUGUAAAGAAUGUUAAAACCAA